UCCCAGAAUGCAGCGCGCAGCUGUCAGUGCAGGAAGAUGGCGGAGGGCGGAGUGGUUGAUCUGGAGACUCAGAGAGCAGAAGUGUCAACGCUGCUGAAGACCCCGCUUCGAAGAGGGGACACCUGGUACUUGAUUGACAGUCGUUGGUUCAAGCAGUGGAAGAAGUAUGUGGGUUUUGACAGCUGGGACAAGUAUCAGAUGGGAGAUCAGAAUGUGUAUCCAGGUCCCAUUGAUAACUCGGGACUCCUCAAAGAUACUGACGCACAGUCUCUUAAGGAACAUCUUAUUGAUGAGCUUGAUUACAUUCUGUUGCCUACCGAAGGAUGGAACAAGCUUGUUAGCUGGUACACACUGAUGGAAAAUCAGGAACCCGUAUCUCGCAAGGUAGUUGAACAGGGUAUGUUUGUAAAGCACUGCAAAGUAGAAGUUUACUUAACUGAACUUAAACUGUGCGAGAAUGGCAAUAUGAGCAACGUGGUAACAAGGCGAUUUAGUAAAGCUGACGCAAUAGAUAUGAUUGAAAAGGAGAUGAGGAGAAUAUUCAGUAUUCCAGAUGAAAAAGAGACCAGACUGUGGAACAAAUACAUGAGCAAUACAUUUGAGCCUCUAAAUAAACCAGAAAGCACUAUACAGGAUGCUGGCUUGUAUCAAGGACAGAUGCUAGUAAUAGAACAGAAAAAUCCAGAUGGACAGUGGCCAAGAGGUUCUAUGCCGAAGUCCUCAGGUACUCACAAAUUUUCAACAUUACCAAAGGUUUCUCCUCCACCCCUGUCAAAUAAUUAUAACAACUUCAGCAGCAGAAAUGUGAAAAAUUCAAACUAUUGUCUGCCUUCAUAUGCUGCUUACAAAAACUAUGAUUACUCGGAGCCAGGAAGACACAAUGAGCAGCCGGGACUAUGUGGCUUAAGUAACCUGGGAAACACUUGUUUUAUGAAUUCUGCCAUUCAGUGUUUGAGCAAUACACCGCCACUAACUGAAUACUUCCUUAAUGAUAAGUAUCAAGAUGAACUGAACCUAGAUAACCCUUUAGGCAUGAGAGGAGAAAUAGCCAAAUCUUAUGCCGAGCUCAUCAAACAAAUGUGGUCAGGAAAAUACAGCUAUGUAACUCCAAGAGCAUUCAAGACUCAGGUAGGCCGCUUUGCACCUCAGUUUUCUGGUUAUCAACAGCAGGAUUGCCAAGAACUGCUUGCUUUCUUAUUAGAUGGCUUACAUGAGGAUUUAAAUCGAAUUAGAAAGAAGCCUUACAUCCAACUAAAGGAUGCCGAGGGGAGACCAGACGAGGUGGUGGCAGAGGAAGCCUGGGAGAACCACAUAAAGCGCAAUGACUCCAUUAUAGUUGAUAUAUUUCACGGGUUAUUUAAAUCUACCCUAGUAUGUCCUGAAUGUUCUAAAAUUUCUGUUACUUUUGAUCCUUUUUGUUACUUGACACUUCCACUACCAAUGAAGAAAGAGCGUACCCUGGAAGUGUAUCUUGUUAGGCUGGAUCCUCUUUCCAAACCUAUGCAGUAUAAAGUAGUUGUUCCAAAGAUUGGAAACAUUAUGGACCUUUGUACAGCUCUUUCAUUACUUUCAGAUGUUCCCCCCGAAAAGAUGGUAGUCACAGAUAUUUACAACCAUAGGUUUCACAGGAUAUUUGCUAUGGAUGAAAACUUGAGUAGUAUAAUGGAACGUGAUGACAUAUAUGUAUUUGAAACAUCUAUAAACAGGACAGAAGAUACAGAACAAGUCAUAAUUCCCAUAUAUUUACGAGAGAAAUUUCGCCAUGCCAGUUACAGUCAUCAUCAUGGUUCUACAUUAUUUGGUCAGCCCUUUCUUAUGACUGUACCUAGGAACAUUACUGAAGAUAAGCUGUAUAACCUACUUUUAGCAAGGAUGUGCCGAUAUGUAAAAAUAACCAGUGAAGGUGAAGAAAACGAUGCACCUUUGCACUGCAAUAAAGAACAUACUAUUAAUGGAAAUGGUCCAAACGGAGUGCAUGAAGAGGGUUCUCCAAGUGAAAUGGAAACCGAUGAACCAGAUGAUGAGUCUAGCCAAGAUCAGGAGCUUCCUUCAGAGAAUGAAAACAGCCAGUCAGAAGAUUCUGUUGGAGGCGAUAAUGACUCGGAAAAUGGAUUGUGCACUGAAGAAACUUGCAAAGGACAAUCACUCACGGGGCAGAAAAAGCGCUUGUUUACAUUCCAGUUCACUAAUUUAGGCAAUGCUGACAUCAGCUAUAUCAAAGAUGACACUCGGUACAUUCGAUUUGAUGACAGACAACUCAGGCUAGAUGAAAGCUCUUAUCUUGCUUUAGACUGGGAUCCCAAAAUGAAGAAAAAAUACUUUGAUGAAAAUACUGCAGAGGACUUUGAAAAACAUGAAAGUGUGGAUUUUACUCCUCAAAAAAAGUAUUUCAUGAAAUUAAAAGAUUGCAUUGAGCUUUUUACAACGAAAGAAAAAUUAGGUGCUGAAGACCCAUGGUAUUGUCCCCACUGUAAAGAACAUCAGCAAGCAACCAAAAAAUUAGAUCUAUGGUCGUUGCCUCCAGUUUUAGUGGUGCAUUUGAAGCGUUUCUCUUACAGCAGAUAUAUGAGGGAUAAGUUGGAUACACUUGUUGAUUUUCCUGUAAGUGAUUUGGACAUGUCUAAAUUCCUCAUCAAUCCAAAUGCAGGACCCUGUCGUUAUAAUUUAAUUGCUGUUUCAAACCAUUAUGGAGGAAUGGGAGGUGGACACUACACAGCUUUUGCAAAAAAUAAAGAUGAUGGAAAAUGGUAUUAUUUUGAUGACAGCAGUGUUUCAACUGCAUCGGAAGACCAGAUAGUGUCAAAGGCAGCAUAUGUACUGUUCUAUCAGCGGCAGGACACCAUCAGCGGGACUGGAUUCUUCCCUCUGGACAGAGAAGUUAAGCAAGAGGCUUCAGCUGCCACUGGGAUUCCAGUGGAGAGUGAUGAAGAGUCUAAUGACAAUGAAAAUGACAUAGAGAAUGAAAACUGUAUGCAUACCAAUUAAAAAUAGGACUGUGCUCACAUACAUAGGAAUAUAAAUCACCACUGAUGAACCUGAUAUCUGCCAAAAAUGUUAUUAGUUUUUAUUUUUCUGUUCUAAAAAAGGGGGAAUUUCAGCUGGCAGAAUGUAAACUGUUUUGUCUAUCUGUUCUAUUUAUUAUAUAGUGUUCCUUAAAAGGGCAAUGCAGUGAAAACCGUGACUGAUGAGUCUAUUCAGUUUAGACUUUUAUUUGCAAGAUUAAUGUCUACAAGAUUAAAUUUUCUGCUCGUUUUUGUUUCCUUACUAACUUGUAUAUCUUAAAUCCUCAGCGGUUCAGGUGCCUGUAUCUUUCUUUUUUUGAUAGCUGAGAGACAGGAUAUAAGAUUUUAACGAACCUGCCGAGCUCCCGAGGGUAAAACAGUAAUAGAUAAUGUGUGAUCGUUGGUCGUUUUUUCCAAACUCAAAAUGAUCAGCAACAUGUAACAAAACGUAUGCUUGAACCACUCCGUAAUCAAUGCAAACCACUUAACAUCUGAAUAGCUUUACUGAGGGAGAUAACAAAGGUGUUUUAGCCUUUUAAUAUACCGUUUUCAAUUUUUGAAAUCUCUUGGUUUACUUAAUGCUGUGUCAUGAGUUUGAUUCUUCAUAAUGUUGUGUCAAAAAUAAGUUUUGAUUGAAUGUAUAUUUCCCUUGUCACUCGUUGGAUUCCUGUUCUGUUUGCUGAAAAUUAGUGCAUUCUUAUGAUCUUCUGUAAGUCAAACGUUUAACAUUUUGCUGUAAAAGUUCUCCCCUUCAAAAUAUUUUAUCUGGGAGCUUUGAACUCCCUAGUUACACUGUAAAU